AACAGGCGUGCAGGAAAUGCAUGAAAUGGAAAAGCUUCACGUAGUUUUAAAUUCUUUACCCCAAAUGUCCAAAGACAUCGUGGACGACACAAUUCAUGAAAAGGUUCUUUCUUACCUUUCAGAGUAUGCAUCCCAAGGACCUGAUAUGGUUGCCACUUUCAUGGAAUGGAAUGCCAUGAAAAUUAUACGCGCUUGUAUUAUACAAGAGAAUCGGUACAACGGAAUCGAAACUGGACACGAAUGCAAUAAAGAUUCAAGAAUUACAUCAUUAUCUAUACGCUUUUUAGCGCGUCUUUUGGCUAAUGAUGACAGACAAAACGCUCUUUUAUUUAAUCAAAUCAUUUACGAAUAUAGUGAUGUGCUUGAUUUUAUUUUGGACAAUGCAUUCUCUGAAGAAGGCUUGAUGAGAUAUUCAUGUAUUGAAGCUUUGGAACAAAUAGUUACAUAUAAACUUGGUGCAAAAUGGUUUCAUAGCACAAAAGGUGCACAAGUUGUUGUCGCUUGUUUUCUUGACUCUAGCACUUAUGUGAAUACGACAAAAGCAACUGCACAAAAUGAUCUUUUGGAAUUUUUAAUCUCAACUCUUGAUCUUUUCAACAAGAUACAGGAAAUGUUGUUUAAUCCUC